AUGAUAGCAGCUCCAGAAAUACCAACUGAUUUUACUCUCCUUCAGGAGUCUGAAACACACUUCUAUUCCGUUGACUUUGAGGAUAUUGAAGGAAAAAACCAAAAACAAGGCAAAGGAAAAACCUGUAAAAAAGGAAAAAAAGGACCAACAGAGAAGGGGAAAAGUGGAAACGGAGGAGGGAAACCAGGUGGUCCAAAUCGGAUGAAUGGACAUCACCAACAGAAUGGUGUGGAAAACAUGAUGCUGUUUGAGGUAGUUAAAAUGGGCAAGAGUGCUAUGCAGUCUGUAGUAGAUGACUGGAUAGAGUCAUACAAACAUGACAGAGAUAUAGCACUUCUUGAUCUCAUUAACUUCUUUAUUCAGUGUUCAGGCUGCAAAGGAGUUGUUACAGCAGAGAUGUUCCGACAUAUGCAGAAUUCUGAAAUAAUCCGAAAAAUGACUGAAGAAUUUGAUGAGGACUUUGGAGAUUAUCCAUUAACUAUGGCUGGUCCCCAGUGGAAGAAGUUCAAAUCGAGUUUUUGUGAGUUCAUUGGAGUACUCGUCCGACAAUGUCAAUAUAGCAUCAUAUAUGAUGAAUAUAUGAUGGAUACUGUCAUUUCACUGCUUACGGGGCUGUCAGACUCGCAAGUCAGAGCAUUUCGGCACACAAGCACACUGGCAGCCAUGAAGCUGAUGACUGCUUUAGUGAAUGUGGCAUUAAAUCUUAGUAUCAACAUGGACAAUACACAACGGCAGUAUGAAGCAGAACGAAAUAAAAUAAUUGGGAAACGAGCUAAUGAUAGGCUGGAACUCUUACUACAGAAAAGAAAGGAGCUUCAGGAAAAUCAGGAUGAAAUAGAAAACAUGAUGAAUGCAAUAUUUAAAGGUGUUUUUGUGCAUAGAUACCGAGAUGCAAUUGCUGAAAUAAGAGCCAUCUGUAUUGAAGAGAUUGGAAUAUGGAUGAAGAUGUACAGUGAUGCCUUUCUCAAUGACAGCUACUUAAAAUAUGUUGGGUGGACUAUGCAUGAUAAGCAAGGGGAAGUAAGACUGAAAUGCCUAACUGCUUUGCAAGGGCUUUACUAUAAUAAAGAGCUUAAUUCCAAAUUGGAACUCUUCACCAGUCGAUUCAAGGAUAGAAUUGUGUCUAUGACUCUUGACAAAGAAUAUGAUGUUGCAGUCCAAGCAAUAAAAUUACUCACUCUUGUUUUACAGAGUAGUGAAGAAGUUCUGACUGCAGAAGACUGUGAAAAUGUCUACCAUCUGGUUUAUUCAGCUCAUCGUCCAGUAGCAGUUGCUGCAGGGGAAUUUCUUUAUAAAAAGCUUUUCAGCCGCAAAGAUCCUGAAGAUGAUGGAAUAAUUAAAAGGAGGGGAAGACAAAGUCCGAAUGCUAACCUUGUGAAGACUUUAGUGUUUUUCUUUUUGGAAAGUGAAUUGCAUGAACACGCUGCUUAUCUUGUGGACAGCAUGUGGGACUGUGCAACAGACCUCUUGAAGGACUGGGAAUGUAUGAACAGUCUUCUGUUGGAGGAGCCUCUGAAUGGAGAAGAACCUUUAACAGAUAGACAGGAAAGCGCACUGAUUGAAAUAAUGCUUUGUACAAUACGACAAGCAGCUGAAUGUCAUCCUCCUGUGGGAAGAGGAACAGGGAAAAGGGUGCUGACAGCAAAGGAAAAGAAAACACAGUUGGAUGACAGGACAAAAAUUACUGAACUCUUUGCCGUGGCACUUCCUCAGUUGCUAGCAAAGUAUUCUGUAGAUGCAGAAAAAGUCACCAACUUAUUGCAGUUGCCACAGUACUUUGAUUUGGAAAUUUAUACAACAGGGCGACUAGAAAAGCAUUUGGAUGCCUUACUGCGACAGAUCCGGGAUAUAGUAGAGAAGCACACAGAUAUAGAUGUUUUGGAAGCCUGUUCAAAAACAUACCACGCUCUCUGUAAUGAAGAAUUCACAAUCUUUAACAGGGUUGACAUUGCGAGAAGUCAGUUAAUAGAUGAAUUGGCAGACAAGUUUAAUCGACUCCUUGAAGACUUCCUGCAAGAGGGGGAGGAACCUGAUGAAGACGAUGCCUAUCAAGUCUUGUCAACACUGAAGAGAAUCACUGCUUUCCACAAUGCUCAUGACCUAUCAAGAUGGGACUUGUUUGGCUGCAACUACAAGUUAUUGAAAACUGGCAUUGAAAAUGGAGACAUGCCAGAACAGAUUGUUAUUCAUGCACUGCAGUGUACUCAUUAUGUAAUCCUUUGGCAGCUAGCAAAAGUUACUGAAAGCAGUUCCACAAAGGAGGAUCUUCUACGUCUAAAGAAGCAGAUGAGAGUGUUCUGUCAAAUCUGUCAACACUACCUGACCAACGUAAACACUGCUGUUAAGGAACAGGCUUUCACGAUUCUGUGUGAUGUGUUGAUGAUCUUCAGUCAUCAGAUUAUGACAGGAGGACGUGAUAUGUUGGAGCCACUUGUUUACACUCCUGAUUCUUCAUUGCAAUCUGAACUACUUAGUUUUAUUUUGGAUCAUGUCUUCAUUGAUCAGGAUGAUGAUAAUAAUAGUGCAGAUGGACAGCAGGAUGAUGAAGCUAGCAAAAUUGAAGCAUUGCACAAAAGAAGAAACCUACUUGCAGCUUUCUGUAAACUUAUUGUAUAUACAGUGGUGGAAAUGAAUACAGCUGCAGACAUUUUCAAGCAAUAUAUGAAGUAUUACAAUGACUAUGGUGAUAUUAUUAAAGAAACGAUGAGUAAAACAAGACAGAUAGACAAAAUCCAGUGUGCUAAAACACUUAUUCUUAGCUUGCAGCAGCUUUUCAAUGAAAUGAUUCAAGAAAAUGGUUAUAAUUUUGACAGAUCAUCACCAACAUUCAGUGGCAUAAAGGAACUUGCUCGACGUUUUGCUUUAACGUUUGGACUGGAUCAGUUGAAAACAAGAGAAGCUAUUGCUAUGUUACACAAGGAUGGCAUAGAAUUUGCCUUUAAGGAGCCUAAUCCACAAGGUGAGAGCCACCCACCUUUAAAUUUGGCAUUUCUUGAUAUUCUAAGUGAAUUCUCCUCCAAACUUCUCAGACAAGACAAAAGAACAGUGUAUGUUUACUUGGAGAAGUUUAUGACCUUUCAGAUGUCUCUACGAAGGGAAGAUGUGUGGCUUCCUCUCAUGUCCUACAGAAACUCUUUAUUAGCUGGUGGGGAUGAUGAUACUAUGUCAGUGAUUAGUGGAAUUAGUAGUCGAGGAUCUACAAUAAGAAAUAAGAAGACAAAGCCAGCAACAGGGAAACGGAAAGUACCUGAAGUAGAGAAAUUGAUUCUCACUGAAGAAAGCAGCAGUAGUGACAGUAUGUGGCUGAACAGAGAGCAGACAAUGCACACACCAGUCAUGAUGCAGACACCUCAGCUUACUUCCACAGUAAUGAGGGAGCCCAAGAGAUUGCGACCUGAAGAAAAUUAUAUGGGUGUCUAUCCUAUGCAGCCUGAACACCACCAAGCUCCACUCGAUUACAACACGCAAGUAACGUGGAUGUUGGCUCAAAGGCAACAGGAAGAAGCCGCACGACAACAACAGGAGAGGGCAGCGAUGAACUACGUCAAGCUGAGAACCAACUUACAACAUGCGAUUCGACGUGGCACAAGUCUAAUGGAAGAUGAUGAAGAGCCAAUUGUUGAAGAUGUGAUGAUGUCAUCAGAAGGGCGGAUUGAAGAUCUCAAUGAAGGCAUGGAUUUUGACACCAUGGACAUAGACCUACCGCCAUCAAAGAACAGGAGAGAAAGAACGGAACUAAAACCAGAUUUCUUUGACCCCGCUUCAAUCAUGGAUGAAUCGGUUCUUGGGGUGUCAAUGUUUUAAUACCAGAGCAGCAAAUAAAUCAGUGGUGAAGUCAUUUUCUAAGUGGAAGAGGAAGUUUUUCAAUACAAAAUUGUGGUAGAUACAGUGAAAUUCUGAACAGAUUUUUCUCUAAGGAGAAUGACAUGCUUUCAAGAUCAAGUGCAUUGAAGGGGCAGUUUUGUUUGCCUGAAAAAAAAAGAAAUGUAAAGGACAAGUAAACAAUUUGAGGAUAAGCUACACUUUUUGUUGGGAAAAAUAAAAAUCAAUAUUUUAUUUAUGUGCUAUCAGUUUAUUUCUGGAUCAUAAGAAGUAUUCCCUCGGAGUUUUAAUCUAACAGUGUGAGAGGUGUUUGGUACAGAUUUGAGCCCCUCUCUAUACAUUUGCUGGCUAUACUAAAUAAUCAUGAGCUCUGCUGGAGUGCUGUUUACAUCCAUGAACUGAAAUAAUAGAUGGAUUGGUUUUCUUACAGUGAUAGAACCAGAAGAGUGUCAGUAUUUAAAUUAAAUGCAAACUUCAGCAACAGAAGGUUUGUAUUAAUUAAUUGUGGAAAAAAAUACAUUAAGCAGAAUUUUAACAGCUUUUUAAUCUAAAACACACUUUUAUUCCAAAAGUUUCAUGCUAGCCUUCUUGGAAAGGUCCAUAACUAUGAAAUACCAGAACAUAACAGAUCUCAGUCAUGCUUGCCCAUUACCAACCCUGAAAGUUUGCUUGUCCUUUAAGAAAAAAUGUAAUGUUGUGAAAUUCCUUCCAGUAGUGCCACUGUAUUUUGUCUCCAAAUAAAAGAAGCUUAUUGUAGUAUGUUUGCAGAAAAAUUCUAAACAAAAAUUAUACAGCUUAUUAGAGUGUGGGAAUAGGGAUCUAAAUUUUAAAUAAAAUUAUAUAUAUAUAUAAAUUGGUGCUGAUUUUAUAAUUGCGCAGUUUGUUUAGUUUUUUCUUACUUUUAAAUUCCAACUUAAAAUUAUGAGGUUUCAGAAAUAUAUUGAAAGUUUAACAAUGUUUAAAAAUAGAAGAGCAUGAGAAUUCAUGCUUUAAAAUGAUUUUUAAAUUUGUAUUUUAUAUUGUUUUAUCUAUCUGUCUUUGCAAGCAGUCUUCAGGUUAAAGAUACUUCUAACAGGUUACAGUACAUUUCCUCUGUAUGUAAAUUAGAUUGGAUAAUAGAAAUUCAUAAAGAACCCAUAAUAUUCUUUGAAAGCUAAGCUUUAAACUUCAUUUUGUGUCCAUUCACAAAUAAAUUAAAUUUGGUCUAAAACAGAAAGUGGAUCUAUGCCAUUUUGACAUCAACUCAUUUUGCAAGGCUUAGGCAGCUAGACAUCAUUUUAAAGGAAAUAUUAACUUAUAUUACAUAUGUAUAUUUUUUGUCAGUUGUCUCUCAGUUGUUGAGGUAUAUUAUUUUAAUCAUUCCAUGCCUUAAUAUGCUUGCAAUACAAGAAUCUCCCCAAAUGGGUGAAUACAAAAAGGCUUCCUGUUUUUAGACUCAGAAAUUAAACAUUCGGCUGUGGUAGCCAAAAACCAUAGAUUAUCUAAAGGAUCAUGAUAAAAUAUAAUUAUUUUACUAAGCCAUGGGGUAACAACAAACUCAACUAGAUCUGCCUAACUCAUUUUACAUAAAUAAAUACUCUCAUGUCUAAAAGUACUGCCUAUAUUGUUUUUCACACCACUGCAUUUAAUAGAACUGCUGAGAGGACUGUAUAUAUGAUUUUAAACUUAAGUUGAUUUUUCUUACUCUUGAAGGAGUGUUUCUUUGUGAAAGCAGUUCUUACAGCUUUGUUUUCAACCAGCUAAAAAUGUUUUAUAUAUUUACCUUAACCUGUUGUCCUCCACAUUCUAUUGUCCUAAUUGUACUGUUUUCUGAUUUGUAUUUAUGUCUUGAGACAGUAACUUUUUGAAUAAAAAUAAACCUACAGUAUGUUGUAUGUUUGAUCUUUUUAAAAUGGGGGUUAGGGGAGGACAGUGAAGAAUGGGGUAUGAGUAAUGCAAAUGUUAUGUUUAUAGAAAUCAAAAUCUUUUUCCAUGUCUUUUAAGUGUUUGUCUCAGAGUUGGGAUAAUGUAUGGAAAACUGCACUGUUUUAUAUUUGUAAUAAAUUGUACAAGUUUUUAAAAUGUGAAUAAAGCACUAAUUGGGUAAUAA